AUGGAGGUGACGUUCGAGACGACGCAGGGCCGCCGAUUCGUCGUCGAGAUUUGGUAUUUCUCCACCGUGCGGAGGAUCAAGGAGUACAUCCUGAAGCAGGAGGGCAUCCCCGUGGAGUCCCAGCGGCUCUUCUUCCAGGGCAAGGAGCUCGACGACGACCGCGACACCGAGCACUACCCCAUCCUGGAGGGAUCCCACGUGCUCAUCGUCCUGCCGGAUGAAUCUCCCGCUGCCGCCGCCGUCGCCGCCGCUGACGGCCAUGCUGCAAGCGCCCCGGGCGCCGUCGUCCACGUCGUCGCCUCCGGGCCGGCCCUCGGCCAGGGCCGCAGCGUCGCGCUUGAACUGGACGCGUCCUGCACGGUCGCCCGCCUCAAGGAGACGCUCCAGGAGCGUACGGACGGCGCGCUUCCCGCCGCCAAGGUGAGCGCGUUCUUGGACAAGGACGAGAUGGAGGAUGACAAGGCGCUGGCGGAGUUCCAGCCGCCGGCCGAUGGGAUGAAGAUGGAGGUGCGCGUAGUCGUGCGCCAGCCGCCGCCGUCGCCAGCGUGCAACAACGGGAACGGGGUGGCCAAUUGCAAGGUUAACAAGCGGAUGUCGGUGGAGGUGAAAUGGGGCGCCAAGACCGCGACGCUGGAGGUGAGCGACAUGGACGCCGUCAAGGAGCUGCGGGCGGAGCUGGGCAGCGCGGCGCCGCACCUGCUCCUGCCUAACGACGGCGCCUACUUCUUCAUCUACAAGCAGAACGUCAUGGAGGAGGAGCGCACGCUGCGCUGGCACGACGUCAAGACCGGCGACACCAUCGAGAUCUUCAACGGCAGGGUCACCGGAGGCGCUUGAUAUGCAUGUUUUGUUCUUGUGCAU